AUGACCUCCAAGAUCUUCAACGUUGGUAUUGUUGGUUACGGCCUCAGUGCCAAGAUCUACCAAAUUCCCUUCAUAACCGCGGCGAAGGACCUCAAUCUUUAUGCUGUCGUUCAGCGGACCCCGAAGCCCAAUGACGAUGUCGAGCUGGAUUGGCCUGGGAUCAAGAGCUACCGUAGUACGGAGCUGAUGGUUCAGGACCCUGCAGUUGAUGUUGUUGUUGUGACAACCUCCCCGGACUCCCAUUUGGAACUGGCGAAAUUGGCUUUAAGUGCAGGAAAGCAUGUCGUUGUCGAAAAGCCGUUCACACCCAGAUAUGAGGAAGCCCGGGAGCUCAUGGAACUCGCGAAAAAGCAAAACCGCCUGCUGACAGUUUAUCAAAGCCGACGAUGGGACGCCGACUUCCUCACACUGUCCAAGCUUGUCCAGACCGGCUCUCUAGGCAGAAUAGUGGAAUUUGAGACCCGGUUUGAGCGUCACGUACCUGCAAUCCCGGGUUCUGCGUGGAGAACCAAGGCCAUGCCUGGUGGUGGCGCUAUUUACGACUUAGGCGCCCAUCUCAUUGACCAAACAGUCCAGAUUCUCGGCCUGCCAAAACGACUAACUGCUUUCCUCGGUAACCAAAGAGAGGGACAGAGUGGCAGCGACGAUUCAUUUACCGUGCUCAUGCAUUAUGAUGGACUCUUGGCCACAAUCAAGGCAGCCGUCGUCAGUCCCCAAGAGAAGCAGCUAAGGUUUUGGGUGAAGGGAACGCUGGGCACAUUCCAGAAAUUUCACUUCGAUGUGCAAGAAGAACAACUGAAGUCUGGCAUGCGCCCGGGUGACCAGGGGUAUGGUCAGGAACCCAGUGAAAGAUAUGGUACAUUGACCUCGGUCCAGCCUGAUGGCACGUUCAAGAGCAAGGCUGUCCCAACUGUGGAUGCGCCACUUUAUACCGAUUUUUACAAUAAGCUCACGAAGGCUAUGGCUGGCGAGGGUGAUGUACCCGUGGAUUCCACGGAAUCUGCCACUGUCAUUCGGCUAGUGGAGCUUGCCGUGGAGAGCUCCAAGACUGGCCGAACGUUGGACGUUUAA